AUGUCGAAGUUAGGUACCUACUUACAUAGUGGUUGCCAGUUCCCGGAUCUAACUUGUUUACACGAGAUUAGGAGCAAAGACUAUGCAUCUGUCAAUCCAUUUUUUCUCUAUAUAGUGCAAGUUUAUCCUCGUGCGGCAUUGUAUUCCCUCAUUGGUGAAGGUGACAAGCACUUUUAUGCCAUCUCGCUACCAUACUGCGGCCAAGAGGCCACUUCCACCGGCGCCGCUGUGAAAAAGGAGAUGCAACGACUCCAGUCAAAUCGUGCGGAUGCCAAGCUUGAUGUGAAGGUCAAGCCGAAAUCCUUUCUGGAACUUCUACGACCUGAAGAUUAUGAUGUCCCUCCUCGUUAUGUGCCGCCACCCUAUCCAAAAAAGAAGCGUGUGCCAGAUCCAUCCGAUCCUUCUAAAACGAUAACACAAUACUACUAUGAAUCGGAUGAGAAAGCUGUUACUCCUGAAACGGGUGAAGUCAAGUUUGGUGAUAAGAUGCGUCUAAAGGAGGAGCCGCCGUCAUAUGAGUCCUCUCCAGGAACGGAGACCUACUAUUCAGAAAGUGGUUGCAGAAAGUAUGAAGAUGGUUUUGACGAUCCUUCUGCAAUGGAUGAACUUUUCCUGGAGGAAAAGCCAAUCGACAGAAAACCUAGCAGAUACACAUACGAUCGAUACGAUGAAAUGUACUAUUCGGGUCCUGUCCGUGACUAUGACUAUCGUCAUUGCAGUACAAUGCCACCAACUUAUUCAACUCCAGAAUCAUCAUGGGAGCGUUUUGAGCCAGGUUUUUCAAGUUUUUCGCCCGUGUCCUAUCCAUCCACUUCUUCAUACACUCCACGUAGUUAUCGUAGCAAAAAUCCUACGUGGGACGUUAAUUUUCACGAUUAUAAUUUACCGGCACCACCUCCUCCUCCAUCCAGUAUUCGUGAAGCCGAAAUGCACUACCUCUCUAUUCCUCUGCCACCUACACCUCGUUAGCAUCUUCAUGAACAACGAAACGGUUGUGGCUCUUAUUAUUUUUCUCAUACCGUUUCGUAGCUGCGUCUGUAGAGCUGGCGGUUGGGGUCAUCCAAGAAAACUUGUUCUUUGAAUCGCCAUAUUGACACAAAUAAUACUACCAUAAUGAUUGAUAUGAACAUUUUUUCUCCCUGUGACUUUUUUUUGAAGAAGAAAG